GCAUAACAUUUCAUGGAGAUAUUUGCGAACAGUGAGUAUCGUCGACGUCAUUAACGUCCUUUACUAUAAUAUCAGUCUGUGAAUUCACAGUUUACCAUGGCUUUCAAACACAAUUCAGCAAGUGGAAAAGUUUCUAGCGCUGAUCCAUUAUCUGCAUAUAAUCCAGGGGGCUUGACACAAACCAAAGUUAAAGAAACCCCUCCAAUUGAGUUUGCACAGAAACCAGCACCGUCUGGAACUAUGUCCCGAUUUUUCAAGAACAAGGUUGCCUUCAACCAGGCGAGGUUUGGGACUCCUGAUGGGCUACCAAUUCACAUCAAACUGGGACGUGACAGGAUAACGUAUGCCUUUGCGAUGGGUCUCACAGCUGUAGGAACCAUUUGGAGUUGCUACUCACUCUUUAAGCUUUCCUUCAAGAAAUAGAUUUCUUAGUUUGGAUUUGAAAGCUUUAUUGCUCCUAAAAGUUUCAUGACACAACUCACAACACCUUUGAUUACAAAUUAUAUUGAGUUAAUCUUUACAUUGAAAUUGAGCAUGCUUCAUGUCAUGUUUGGUUCAGUGAGGAUUCAGGAAUAUUGGUUUUAUUCAGGAGGAGUUCAUUGUUUUUUAUAAUGCUGCUGUUUUGCUAGGUAUGAACUUUGUAUUGAAUCUUAAUGGAUAUUUUACUGGGAUCAAAGCAUAUUUAGCAAGUUAUAAACUACUGUUGUAAGCUCCCAAAAUUGUGUCAGUUGAUUGCCUAAGAGCAUCUUUUUAUAUAAUUCUGACAUUUGGGCUUUGAAGCUGUUGGUAUCCGAAAAUCGGAAAGUAUUUUAAAAGUUGAGAGGUAAUCCAAUAUGUGCUGUAUCUGCUGGUAAGUGCCCCCCCCCCCUGUUCUAUGAUUAUUCAAAUUUUGCUUGAUCUGGUAAUGAUUUUCAGUUUUUGAAAUUACUAUUGCAAAGUUAAUGCUUGAAUUUAUGUUUGUCAUCUUAUAAACUCGCUUGACACUCAAUUGAUGCUCAAUGACAACAAGACAUGAAAUCCUUGUUGCAUUUAUAUUAUUUUAAAGCCCUUUGAGUGUUUGACAAAAUUGGAUUUUUAAAAUGAAGUCACUCAAAUACAAGAUCACCCCUCAAUUGUAUCUCAUAGAUGUCAAACAAUAUAUUAGACUAUGUUUUCAUGUUUAAUUAUUUUUUUUUUUUGGGUGCCACUUCCUUCUGCAAAGACCACUGAUCCUUGCAUUUAUUGAAUUCAUUUUAUGGACAAUAAUUGAUGUACAGAUGUCAAACAUCAACACACUUUAUAUGAGGUAUUUACCAAUUCUUCCCAUGUUUGAUAUUACAGUGAUACAUUUAUGACUGUAGGCUCCUAAACUUGACACAGGUACAAUGUGUAUAAAUAAAAAGAUAUCUUCAAUGUAGAAAUGUACGGUGACCAUCUGUAGCGAAUAUUGUUGUACAAAUACACAUUCAGGACGGGAGUUCUUCCCAAUUGUAAACAGCUUCUCAGUGCAUAAGUAUGUUGACCUUUUUGUCACAGUAGGUUACCAUGGACUUUGUACAGGAAUGAUCUGGUUCCAGUUGACAAUGGCCCUUAGAUGAAAAAGGAGGCCACUUUAGACCAUGUAAGACAUGGGGUAUAUGAUUGUUAGAUAUGUUUGUAAUAAUAAGAUGCAUCUUACCUUCAAGGUUGGUAUUAUUCAAUCCAUCCAAUUAUUUUGGAUUUUUUGUUUUUUUGUUAUUUGUUUGUACAUGAAGUCAGCGAUUCAUUUGCCAAAUGUUAAAUGAUUAAAAGUUUAUUUAUGAUAUUUUGAAAUUUGUGUUAUUAUUCCCUUGAUGAAAUAUGUAGAGUAUUUCUUUAAACUUAAAUUUUAAUGUUUAAGAAAUUUAUAUGAAGGAAGUGGAAGAAGCGAAACAUGGAAAUAGCAUUUGAUGUAAUGUAAAUCAACACUUUAUCAGGUACUCUGAAAUGAAUUAUUGUUUUUUUAGUAGAUUUGUUGGUAUAUGGUUGCUCUGCUGUGAGACAUUAUGUGUUCUACCUAUACAUUACAUUGGAUUUAAAAUCUAUUCUGCCAUUAAAAAUGGUUUGAAGAAAAAAAAAACAUUGUGAAAAUAUAAAGAAAUAAACAAUUGCCAUACAAUAA